AUGAAAUCCAUCGUUGUAUUUCAUCUUUUAAUUGUCUUUACCGUUUAUUUUUCUAGUAUUUUAUCAUAUACCAGUCAUGAGGUUCGUUUACACAAUUUACUUCGAACACCAGUGAGUAUAAAGGACAAUUCCUUUGCAUCAUCAAUACAAAAUAAUAAAGAUGUAUUUACACCAUUGCUUAAUCAACAAUUAAAAUUGACUGAAAAUGAAGAUAAUUUUCAAACACGUGACAGUUGGGAUUCAGGUGAUGACUAUUAUUUUCAAUGGGCGAAACAAAAUCGUCGACCUGUAGAAUGGCUUACUGGACGAAAGCGAGACACGGCUAAAGUGAUAAUACCAGGACGUCGUCGAUUUGAUCAUGAUGGCCUAUGGCGUAGUGGGCUUGUUGGUUAA